AUGCGCUUUCGCUUGCGUUCCGAUCCAUCCAUGCAUACUGGAUCUUCGUUGUUCAGCCCACUCACAGGCGGCACCAAAACACCCGAAUUCCUCAAGAUACAGCCCUUCGCGCGAAUCCCUGUGCUCGAAGACGACGGGCACGUCAUUUAUGAGUCUCGCACGCUCAUGAGAUACAUCGCUGACAAGCACAAGGACCGGGGGGCGAACCUCCUAGGAGAAACGCUCAUGGACCAAGCUUUGGUGAAUCAGUGGAUAGACGUUGAGGGGCACACGUUCUCACCUCCGGUGAUGGUUCUGGUGUAUGAGAGAGUGUUCAAGCCCCACUUGCACAAGCGCCCGUGCGAUGAGGAGAGAUGGAAGGAGGCAAGGGAAAAGCUAUCAAAUGUGUUGGACAUAUACGAGAAGCAUCUGGAAGGGAGGGACUACUUGGUCGGAAACUCUUUCACACUCGCGGAUUUGACCCACCUGCCCUUCACCGAGCUUUUGCCGGCCGCAGGGGGAUUUGAUUUGAUUGAGAGCCGCCCGAACGUGAGCAGAUGGUGGGCGCGGAUAUCGGGGAGGGAUGCAUGGAAGAGAACUCAGCAGCUGGAGCCGUAUGAAUUUUAA